AUGUUAUCACAAAAAAGAAUUAGGCGUAAAACCCUUCAAAACAGUGACCCAGGGAAAAUUUUAAAUCUAGUCAUGAGCCUGGAAGUCGAAUUAUGUUCGCAUUUGCAGAACAAAAUCAACAGUUAUUUAAAAGAAGAAUGUGAGGCAGAAUUGGUGCUGAUGGUCGUAGUUCAUAGCGAACGACUGGAAGCGUACGUCGAAGCUGUAGGAAUCACACCUCUUUCACGGAAAAUUAAAAUAGAAGUAACACCGAAUUUUGCCGAGAUGUUGAAGUCGGGUAUGGAACAAUUCGUGUUAUUAAACACUACAGGGAAUGAUUUUCAGGCAAUAGUCAAACCUUUUCUUCAUAGUGAAACAAAAUUAGAUCGAAAAAUUCGCUUGAUGAUAUUGCCAUUUUACGACAAACCGUUCUCCAUCCUUGUGUGCGUGGUCGCUCCCAAAGUGUCGGAGGAACAAGUCGCCAAUCUCACAUAUGAGUGUUUCUUGUUCGUAUGGCCUACCAUGAAAAAAGCUAUUGCUUAUGAAUACGAAUGCACAAUGAAACAGAAGUGCCAACAUUUGCUACGUGUUGCUAAAAGGCUUUUCAGUCAGGUAGCAUCAUUAGAUACGCUUCUUCAAAUAGCAAUGGUGCAGGCUAAGUCUUUGGUGAAAGCGGAAUACUGCACUGUAAAACUUUUGGACCUGGAUCGUAUUGAAUUGGCUGAAACUAAGCUGACGUAUGUUGCUCAUGAGGUCGAAAGGGAGGUAGAAGGUCGACGAUUUCCACUAGACAGAGGCAUUGCAGGCGUUGUCAUUAAAACAGGCACUAUAGUAAACUUGAGAAAACCAAAAGAGCACCCGGAAUUUAGCCCCGAAAUUGACUCCUUACCAGGAGUAGAAUGCAAAACUCUGCUAUGCUUUCCAAUUAGAGAGCAGUCUGGGAUCAUUGGCGUGGGACACUUGAUCAACAAGGUGGUUGAUCCGUACUUCGAUGUAAUGGACGAAGAGAUGGCGCUGGCCUUCAGCAUAUAUUGCGGAGUGUGUAUCGUGCACUCCGUGAUCUACCAGAAGGUCCGCGAAGCACACAUUCGCAAUGCACUUGCCCAUGAGCUGAUCAUGUAUCAUAUGAAGGUGGGUGCAUCAGAAAUUCAGAAGAUGUUAGAGUGUACUGGGUUUCAUGGCCAUCCUCACAUCGUGAGCCUGCAUUUCAAUAACAAGGCUUUGCCUAAUAAGGAACUACCGUGCUACAUUCUCAAGAUGUUCAGCGACCUUGGAUUUAACAAAAAAUUUCAUCUCAAGCUAUCGAAAUUGGCUUGCUUCAUUCUGCACGUGCAGAAAGGCUACCGGGAUGUGCCUUACCAUAAUUGGCACCACGCUUUUAACGUCGCGCAGUGGGCGUACGCCGCACUCGUCAACUAUAAACUCGCCCAGCUUGGAUACUUGACUGAUCUGCAAGCCUUCAUGUAUGUGUUAGCUGCACUAGUUCAUGAUCUGGAUCACCGCGGCACUACGAACAGCUUCCAGAUCCAAGGACAGACAAACCUAGCAGCGUUAUAUUCGAGCGAGGGUAGUGUUAUGGAGAGACACCACCUAUCGCAAGCCAUGUGUAUUCUCAACACAGAAGGCUGCGAUAUCCUCGAGUCUCUUCCUAGACGUGACUAUGAUCGAGCUCUUGUGAUACUUAGGGACUACGUGCUGGCUACCGAUAUAGCUAAUUACUUCAAGAAUUUAAAAGACUACAAAUCGAUCGCCCUCAAUUUCAUUAAAAACAACCGUGCACACAAUUCUGCCCUGAUGGCAUUGUUGAUGAACGGAGCUGAUCUUUCCGAUCAGCUUAAGGACUGGGGGAGCGUGAAGAAGACUGCUGCCUCAGUACUUACGGAAUUUUUCAAGCAAGGCGAUAUAGAGAAGAGCCGCGGUGAGCUGCCGGUCAUGAUGAUGGAUCGCGAUAAAUGUUUCAUACCGGUUCUCGAGUGUAACUUCCUCAAGACCACAUGUAUACCGCUUUUCGAAACGUUUUCAAAAAUGAUUCCAAAGGCGGCGCCUUGUAUUAAGAUACUCGAAAAUCAUAUUGAAAGAUGGGACGCUGCUAUCCCAAUUUUCGCAGAGGUACCAAUGACAGCAGGCCUCACAGUACUAAUGAGCCCAGAACUGGACAACCUGAUUGAACUGCAGCUUAAGGAAAAGGAGCGCCUGGCGCGCGAAGCUGAGGAACUGGCUAGAUUGGCUCUAGAGGAAGAAGCAGAACAAGAAGACUGAAACAUUUAAGCAUUUUAUAGUCCAACCAACUUAUCUGGGA